AAAGGAUAUGCUGGCUUACUCUACCAGUCAUGAUUCCUUUCUAUUUGAAAUUAACCCUGGCUUUAACGUUUUAGCUGGAAUACUAUAUAUAUACAUAGCCAGGUCUUUGGCUCAUUGUUGAUUUACUGGACAAUCUCCAUAAAAUUUAUCCCCGCAUCUCCAACUUUCCCCCGAAAAUGACCAGCGAAUAAAAGACUCCACCAUUGUGAGAUCAGACAACAGUGAACAACAUACAAUGACUAGGUCCUCAAUCCUCUACCAAAAUUCCCAGAACACAGUAUUCCUCCUCGACAUUCCAACAUCCAUUGCUCUUGCACAAGACCUCUCAUCCAUUCAGCAAGGAUUCCUCUCAGAUUCUGCAAAGAUACAUCUCAACAAAAGCCCUUCUCCAAGAAACAAGAAUGCAAGCGUAAGACGCCUUCUGUCUUCGGCUCCCCUAAGAAAUCCUUUCCCUGGUUCUACAGAACCCAAAACGGAUGCUGCAAGGGCCAAGGUUCUACAGAGGAUCCCUGUAUCGGAGCGAGGUUUUCAUGAUGUCAUUUCGCCUUUGGUGAUAGAUGCGCUGCACGAGAUCCGGGAGGGUCUCCAUGGCCACGAUGAAUGGUGUUUGGAUAGAAUAGCCUUGAUGCAUGGCAGAGGGCGAGAUCUCCGUACGCAAGGGGAGGGAUCUUUGGGAAAGAGAAGGCGCAAUGAGAAAGACUCCAAUGGUAAUGACGACUGUCGAUUCGAAGCUGGUGGUUAUACGGCCUCAACCAUGCUUGGAAAGCCCACUAAGCCAGAGCUAGAUAAUCCACCUUUGAUACUUUCCGCCGGAUCCAAUCUGUUCGACUCUAUGUCGAGUUUAUGCAAUCUCGUAGUUAGGAAUACGUCCCCCGAACAUGCAAUUGUGAGAGUACAUUGCGCACUGCAAAGACCUGACGACUCAACGCAGUCCGAAUGUGCUGGCCACCACCACCAUACGUACGAUGUACCCCCGCUGUCGAGUUUCUUACUCUGCAGAUUGCAUAUAUCACAGUCGUCCAUGAGACCAAACAGGUCUACAAGUCCGAUACCUGGUCUUCCUCGACACCAGAAAUUCGAUCUAAUUCUUCUCGAUCCGCCCUGGCUAAAUAGGUCCGUUCGACGCAGCGGACAUUAUCAUACACAAAACUACAUGGAGGGUGGGCUACUUACGCAGCGUAUUCGAGAUAUUCUCAGAGUGCACUUACAAGAUAUUCGCCAAAACCUCCAAAGUGACAGUCCGGGUGACUUUCUACCACCCCGAAAGCUAAACGAGAAAAAGGGCCAAAAGCCCAUAGCCGCUAUGUGGAUAACCAACUCUGCAAGAGCACGUAAAGCCGCUUAUGACGCUAUUCAGGGCGCGGGCCUUUCGGUCUGUGAGGAAUGGGUUUGGAUCAAAACCACCACAAAUGGAGAUCCCAUCACGCCGCUGAAUGGCCUUUGGCGGAAGCCCUAUGAGGUACUAAUUAUAGGGAUGAAGCAACAACAUCAGCAGCCGAUCGAUCCCCUGGAGACAGAGGGUAAUAGUGGCGUCAUUAGGAGGUUUAUUGCCGCUGUUCCGGAUGUGCACUCUCGGAAGCCGAAUCUGCGGGAGAUCUUUGAGAAACUUUUCUUCGCCGACGCUUCUACCUUAGGAGAUUCCAUAGCCUAUUCCGCUUUGGAGGUGUUCGCGCGCAACCUGACCUCUGGGUGGUGGGCCUGUGGAGAUGAAGCUCUGAAAUUUAACUCGGAGGAAUGGUGGGUUGACGGGGAUGAUGCGAGCUUGAUCUGACCUGGAUUGUUUCUUGAUGCAUAUAUAGAUACCUAAAU